CUGGAGUGGGGUCACGAUGGGAGAAGCCCAAGGGCAGACGCAGAAGCCACUGGAAUGUAACAUCGAUGACAGGCUGUGUGUGGUCCUAGAGCACCAGUAUGAAGUCAUCAUCAUCCCCACGCUGCUGGUCGGGGCCUUCAUAAUUCUCCUGCUGGUCAUCCUGUGGCUCCAUUUUCGAGGCCAAAGGGCCCAGCGACAGCAACCUGGUCUCCAAGGCUUGGCCCCGAUGCCCCCUGCUUGGGGGCUGAGCUGGGAGGCGUCUGGCCUGGCAGAGAACAUCUUUGUGCCCUGGAAGGAGAUGUCAGUGAACGAUCUGCUGCGGGCCACUGCCCCGGCCCUGGUCAAGCUGCAGCUGCCGCGGGACCAGAUCACGCAGCCCCUGGACCAGAUCUGCCAGGGCAGCCUCGGGCCCAUCUACCGCACCACCAUGAAUGUCCCGGCCCCGGCCCGGCCCAAGACCGUCGUCCUCAAGACCUUACGAGACUCAGCAGGGCUGUACGAGGUACAGGAUUUCCUGGGCCGGAUCCAGUUCCACCACUUUCUGGGGAAGCACAAAUAUCUGGUCCAGCUCCUGGGCUGCUGCACCGAACAGCUGCCCCUGUACAUGGUGCUGGAGGACGUGGCCCAGGGAGACCUCCUCACCUUCCUCUGGACCUGCCGGCGGGACGUGAUGACCAUGGAUGGCCUCCUCUAUGAUCUGACGGAGAAGCAGAUCUAUCACAUUGGGUCGCAAGUCUUGACAGCCUUGGAGUACCUGCAGAGCAAGCGGCUGUUCCACGGGGACCUGGCGGCCAGAAACGUCCUGCUCCAGAGUGACCUGAGCGCCAAGCUGUGCGGGCUGGGGCUGGCCUAUGAGGUGCACGCCCGCGGGGCCGUGGCCUCCACCCGCGCCGUGCCCCUCAAGUGGCUGGCUCCCGAGCGGCUCCUCGGGAAGCCAGCAGGCAUCCGGGCCGACGUCUGGUCUUUUGGCAUCCUGCUGUACGAGAUGGUCACCCUAGGCGCCCCACCGUACCCUGAGGUCCCUCCUGCCAACAUCCUGCAGCACCUCCAGAGGAAGCAGAUCAUGCAGAAGCCUGCCAGCUGUACCCCCACCAUGUACAGCCUCAUGAAGUCAUGCUGGCGAUGGAGCGAGGAGGACCGACCUGCGCCCACGGAGCUCCGCCGGCGCCUGGAAGCCACCGCCACUGGGGCCGACGACAAGGCCGUCCUGCAGGUGCCAGAGCUGGUGGUUCCCUCCCUCUAUGCGGAUGUGGCCGGCAUCCCUGUGGAGACCUUGUCCUGCAGCUCCACGGCCCUCUGAGGGCUUCAGGUGGACUUUACCGUGUGCUCAGCCCCCGGGGGCUCUGGACCCUCUCUGGAGCAAGGGCCGGCCCCCUUCCCUCCGGCAGAGAUCCGGGCCUGGGUCAACUCCCAGGGCACUGGACGAAGCAGGCAUCCACCAUGACUCACCUCAACAGGGCCCUGUGAAAAGCUCUGGGCAUUGACUACCUCAAGCCACCGCAGGCCUGACGGGGGGGUCAGAGCCAGAACCGGACCUGGGGGGGACGGACCCUCACCGGGGGUGAGCCAGAGCCUGGCCCAGGGGGAAUCGGAGUCUCGACCGUGUGGGAACCGGAGGCUCACCCGAGGGGAACCGAAACCUGACUGCAAGGGAGCCGGAGUCUGACCUGUUGGGAGCCGGAGCUGGACUCCGGAAGAGCUAGAAUCCGACUGCAUGGGAGCCAAAGGCUGACCUGACGGAAGCUGGGUCCUGACUGCUUGGGAGCCAGGGUCUCACCCGAUGGGAGCCUGGGGGAGCUGGAGCUUGACCUGGGGACGUCAGAACCUGACCUGAUUGGAAUCUGUGGGGCCUGGCCUGACUUAGGGGGAGCCAGACACUGACCCAGCAGGAGGCAGAGCCUGACCAGACCCUCCAAGACCCCACUGAAGGGAAGGAUUAACUCCAACAGAAGCCUUGCAGCCCCACCAGGAUUUUCAUUACUACUUUUUAUCGUUUGGGGCCGGGAAAGGCUUAACAGAGCUCACGGCUUUGACUCCUCCCCCAAAUCGAGAGGUUUAAGCAGGUCCCUGCAGAAGCACUUUUCUCUCAGAGACAACUAUGAGUCCCAGAAGGCAUGA